AUGAUGCUUGCCAAUAAACCUGAAGAUAAUAUAUUUCUGAACUCAAAUAAUGCAAAAAUGUUAUUAAAUCUUCCUCCUCUAUUGCCAAAAACUGCAAGGACUAAAUCAACAGAUUCUUCUUGUUAUUGCAAGAACAAUCAAAUGCCAUGCAAAUGUGCAUGUAAGCAAUGUCUGAUGAUAUCGCCUUAUCCUUUUUCAUCAACUCAGUUAAUUAGGAAUGCCAAAAACAAAAAAAAAGGUGAUAUUGAUGAUUUGAGACUACAAAAUUUUAAACAUGCUAUGGACAAGUCACAAAAUGUUUUGGGCAGCAAUCUCAAUAUUGUUAUCAAAAUUGACUUUCAAUUGCCUAAUACUUCUGAUGGUUUAUAUAAACAAAUAGUUCAAGAUGGAGAGCAAGACGAAGUAAUGCCAAACGAAUAUAUGUCUACAAUAAAUUUACCUUUUCCAUAUUUAAAUAUUCCGACUCCAACUGAUUUAGCUAAAUAUAAAGGUACUCCGCUAGAUUAUGCCUCAGCCCCCAUGCAUAAAAUAAUCAUCCAUAAGAAAAAGAAAUCUCGAACAAAUAAUAAUAGCAAAAGACACAAGAGUAAAAAAGUUAUUACUUUUCAUAGCUAUAAAAAUGACGCCCAAGUAAAAGAAACCGAUAAAAUGAUAUUUAAUAAUGAAGCACUUAAAAAUUAUACUAUUUAUAAUAAAAAUAGUACAGUAAAAGUACCAGAAAAUAUAUUACCAAGUGCAAAUUUCAGUACAAACAACGUAAACAUUAGUUCAACGAUUGAGCUCUCAAAUAUAAAUGCAACUAUUACUUAUGAACCCAUGAAUAUAAAUAAUAAUAUUUCUGAAAAUAAUAAUAGUACACGUAGAAUACACAACAAUGAAAACAGUAUUGAAAUUGAUUCAGAAAAUAAUAACGCCGUUACAGCGUCAAGCUCGAUUCGCUUGAAGCGUGACGCAUCUGCUUCUGCUACAAUUGGGCUUAGAAAUGAGUCGCGUUUAAAUACCAUGAAAGAAACUAGAAAGUAUGAUAAAAUGUCAGAUAAUGAACUAUUGUACUGGCCAGAUAACAAUAAUAAUAACUCUAAGAUCCCUUCAAAAAAUAUAACAGCCUUAAUCUUAGAUAAGGAAACUAAAAAGGCUAAAAUCAACUUGUCUCAUGAUAAAAUACAAAAUACUAAUCGUACUUUGGUUCUGGAACGUGCUAUAUUCGGUGACGUUGACUGGGAUGAUACUGAUUCGGUUGUUCCCAUUUUUAUGUCUUUUGUAGGCAAAUAUAUCAGAGGUAUUUUGACAUUUUGCUCUGAAAAAGUAUGUCAUUCUAUGAAAUGCGCUAAAAAAUUGUGCAUCCAUAGAAUUUGCACUCCAGAUCUUCGAUAUAAUAAUAAUGGUCAUUGCAUGGGCAACAAUUACACUGAUAGUGUAGCCACAAUGGAGUCUGUUAUGGACUUGCCUUCAAAUAUUACGUUUGAAGUAGUUGACAUUCUACAAGAUAAGAUGUUAGGAAAUUUAUAUGGAAAAAUCGCUAACGAAUUUUAUUUAAGUCCUUGGAACACAAUUAAUAUAACUCCACUCAAAAUAAUCGAUUUUGAAACUAGUGGUGACAUUAAAGUGCAUUCCGUGCCACUUGAACAAUUUAUUAAUCUGAAAAAGUUUAGCCAAGACUUUAAUACUCAUAACAAAAUUCGAAACUUAACACCGUCAAUUAAUGACGAAAAAGACUUUUUACAGAGAAUGGUAUAUAGUAUGGGUCGAAAAAAGAUAAUGAAAAUUUUAACAAUUUGCGAUAAGAAUAUAGAACUAUAUAACGUUAUUGAAGGCCGCGGUAUCGGUUCCACAAUAUGGGGUUGGAUAACAUAUCCUUUUUCCUGGUGGCGUUCAGAUAUAGGGGAAAUUCCGCCCGAGAGCGAUCAACUUAUUGGAUCAACGCCGAUAAACUCGUUAGGAGAUAUAGAAAUCAGUAAACGAAAUGUGACCAUAUGGUGCAAUGAUCAGACUUGCACAACAAUGAGAUGUGAAAGGUUCGGUUGCGUCAACGUUACGUGUAAUAUAUAUGACACGGAUCUUAUUGGGGAGUGUAGAAAUUAUAAUACUGCUAUUAUACCCGAGGAACCCAUAACCAUAGAACAUCCAGACGCUGCAACCAAACCAUUGUCCGAAGACAAAGGAAACGAAAUAAUCCCAAAGCCUCCCAUAGUAAUACCAACAACCGUUCCUUCGAUUGAUGAUUUAUCAUCCACUAUUGAGGAACAUCCAUUAGAAUUAGAAGCAGUUUUAUCCUCAACAGUCUCUGAAAAACCAGAUAAGGAAAAACCAUCUGAGCUUUCUAACAUGGAA